AAGAAGCUUCCUUUUAAGCCGACGGCUUUGCGCAAUGCGGCGCCACUCUCACAACCUACCGUCUCUGUAGAGGAGAGCAAACGAAGCGAUGGCAAUAAUGACGAUGACUUGGACCUGUUUCGCCAAUCCAGGGAAAUGGCACCCAUCGUGGCCGCUGAGAGAGAGAGAAAGCUAAACAAGAAGAAACAGAAGCAGGUGGAGGAAGUUCGGCGCCUUUCGGAUAUUGCAGAGACACAGCUUUUGGAUUCUGACAAGGAAGAUGCUCCAUCCCUUCCUACUAAGCGCUCGGAUGCAAAUGAAGACGUCCAGGCAACUCCUGUGGACGAGUCUUUGCCGCUGCAUGGGGACGACUUCAGGGACCUUGUCACUCCUCCUCCUUCGAAGCGCUCGAGACGUGACUCAGAUCAAGGCUCAAAGUCGUCCAAACGACGUCGCUCAGCUGCAAAGUCUUUGGAUGACGAUCCAUUCAACAAUCCCCCAUCGCAACAGUCAAUACGAUCAAAUUCCAAUAUACACACACCUAGUAAACGCCCCAAAAAGGAGUCUGUGACGCCGAGUGGUGCGCCGCUGAUCUCAAUCGAUUCUGACUCUGCAUCUGACUCUGAAUCUGCCCCUGAGAAUGGCUUCGACUCCAACGAUGGCAAUGUCCGCGCCAAUGCGCCUGAUACCACGAGCCAACGGGAAGAUAGCCUUCCUGAUGCUGUUCCCGAUACUCAGAUGACAGAGGAGAUUGAAGAGGAUGACGAUGAAUUCGGCGAGUAUGUUCGCAGGGCUGAGGAACAGCGUGCCCGUGACAAGGACAUGAUGCAAAUGGAUUCCGAAAGAACCGCAAAGAAGGACGCGGCAGCCGACAUCAUGGUCAGAUCCAAUAUUCCCAACACCAAAGUCGCCCAUAUAAAGUACCAGUUUAACAGACCGCUUCGCUUAAUACGGGAUAGUUGGAUUGCGCUUCAACGUAGGAAGGAGGUGCAGCUACCAAUCAAUUCAGACGAUGACAUUAUCCUGACCUGGCAAAGGAAGAAGGUGUACACAUAUUCUUCCCUACUUGGGCUGGGCAUCCGGCCACAAGGCGACGGCAAAAUCAUCGCCGACGAAUACAGCAAAGGGGGGUUACAGGAUGGGCGUACAAAGGUGGUUUUGGAAGCCUGGACCGUGGAGGGCUUCAGCCAGUGGGAGCAUGAGGAGGAGAUGCGUAUCAAGAGAGAAGCCGGCGAACUAUCAGAGGAAGAGCCGACGCAAGAGCAAGAGGACAAGCGUGCUAAACUGCGUGUCAAACUCGUCGCCAAAGACAUGGAGGUGGUCAAGCUGAGUGUGCUGCUAGAGACUACGGUCGAGACGCUCAUGAUUGGAUUUCGGACCCAGAGGGAUAUUGGAUCAGACAAGGAUGUGGGUAUUUGGUUUGACGGCGAGAGACUUGAGGAGCAUCAGACUAUGGAGGAUGCUGGUAUCGAUGACAUGGACACAUUGGAGGUACACAUCAAGUAG